CGGGGCGCGGCGUCCAGGCGGCGGCGGCGGCGGCGGCGGCGGCGGUUCCUCAGAGUCCGGUUCAAGCUCCGGCUGCGGCUCCGGCCCGCGAUGCCCCAUUCCGUGACCCUGCGCGGGCCUUCGCCCUGGGGCUUCCGCCUGGUGGGCGGCCGGGACUUCAGCGCGCCCCUCACCAUCUCGCGGGUCCAUGCUGGCAGCAAGGCUGCAUUGGCUGCCCUGUGUCCAGGAGACCUGAUCCAGGCCAUCAAUGGUGAGAGCACAGAGCUCAUGACACACCUGGAGGCACAGAACCGCAUCAAGGGCUGCCACGAUCACCUCACGCUGUCUGUGAGCAGGCCUGAGGGCAGGAGCUGGCCCAGUGCCCCUGAUGACAGCAAAGCUCAAGCACACAGGACCCACAUCGACCCUGAGAUCCAGGACGGCAGUCCAAUAACCAGCAGGCGGCCCUCAGGCACCGGGACUGGGCCAGAAGAUGGCAGACCAAGCCUGGGAUCUCCAUAUGGACAACCCCCUCGCUUUCCAGUCCCUCACAAUGGCAGCAGCGAGGCCACCCUGCCAGCCCAGAUGAGCACCCUGCAUGUGUCUCCACCCCCCAGCGCUGACCCAGCCAGAGGCCUCCCACGGAGCCGGGACUGCAGAGUGGACCUGGGCUCCGAGGUGUACAGGAUGCUGCGGGAGCCGGCCGAGUCCGUGGCUGCAGAGCCCAAGCAGUCAGGCUCCUUCCGCUACUUGCAGGGCAUGCUAGAGGCCGGCGAGGGUGGUAAGACGCCUGCCACCUGUCCCCACUUGCCUUCCCACUCCCUGCAGUGCCCAGGUUGCCCCCUAGCGACCCCACAUCCCUCCUCCCAGUCACCUGCCCUCCUCGGUCUCUGCGGCCCGGUCCCACACCCUUGCUACACCCUUGCUACGCCCUCGUUUUGUGAUUCCCACUCCACCCCGUGUCGCUGCCCCUCACCCCACGCCCGCCAAACCCAUUCCCCAGUCUCGGUGCCGAUGGCCCAUCCGGCGCCCAACCAAACACCCCGCAGAAAUGGAGUUCUGACCUCCUUACCCCGUUCAUGCCACCUACGCUCCGGGUUUCAGGGGAGCGGCCCGGGCCUGGCGGACCCCGGAACCUCAAGCCCACGGCCAGCAAGCUGGGCUCUCCGUUGAGCGGCCUGCAGGGGCUGCCCGAGUGCACGCGCUGCGGCCAUGGCAUCGUGGGCACCAUCGUCAAGGCGCGGGACAAGCUCUACCAUCCCGAGUGCUUCAUGUGCAGCGACUGCGGCCUGAACCUCAAGCAGCGUGGUUACUUCUUUCUGGAUGAGCGACUUUACUGUGAGAGCCACGCCAAGGCACGCGUGAAGCCGCCCGAGGGCUAUGACGUGGUGGCGGUGUACCCCAACGCCAAGGUGGAACUCGUCUGAGCUGGGCCCCUGCUCCCGCCCCUGCUUCUUAAGGUCCCUACUCGGCCGGUGUAAAUAUGUUUCGCCCUGUCCCUCUAAUAAAGUUCCUCUGCUCCACCUUGAA